AUGGCCACGACGUUCAAGGAGCCCGAGUUGCCGGAGCCGUCCGAUUCGACAAAGGGCAAGUAUCUGUGCCUCACUAUCUGUGGCUACCGCAAGCCGGGCAUGAGUGAGGAAGAAUACCGCAAUCAUAUGGUCAAUAUUUCCGCACCUCUGACCAAGGGUCUCAUGGUCCGAUAUGGAAUCAAGCGGUGGACCCAGAUCCACAACCAAAGCUCUACAAGGGCGCUGAUGGCUCACUUGUUCGAUCCGCAGAUGGCCAACGUCGCGGAUUUUGACUGCUUCAGCCAGGUUGUGUUCAGGAGCAUCGAGGAUUACAAACGCAUGAAACAGGAUCCGUGGUACAAGGAGAAACUGGUCGGUGACCACGAAAAGUUUGCUGACACCAAGAGGAGCCUGAUAACUAUAGGGUGGAUCGAAGAGUUUGUGAGAGACGGCGAAGAAGUGGAUGGCUUUGCAGACUAG